ACGUCAUCGAGGCUGUCUCAUUUCAGAAAUGUAAGUAGGACUCUCUGAAGGCGACUUCGAAUGCGCUCUUCUUUCACAGGAAUUCGGAGGAUGCAUGAGAUCACGAAGCCUCGCUCUGCCCACCAAUACUGCUGGGUCGGAGCAAAAUGGUGGGAUAAACAAAUCUAAGCGGGAACAAAUGUAGGCGGGGUGGGGCGACACGGCCGCUCCCUCCCUAUUCUUCUCAUGGAAAGGCUUUGAAUUCGCCAUAAUAAGAUCAAACUUAUCAAAGCUUUACACCUAAAGAUGAAUAGGAUUUGUGUGCUUGUGCUGUUCAUGUGGAUUUUCUGUGUUUCUUCAUCAAGACUGAGUCCUCGAGUUAAGACUGAUCAAGGUAUCACACACUAUACUAUUAAACACAGUCAUAGUGGUUUGAGAAAACUCAUCAGAAGUACCUCAAGGGGAACAAUUUGGGUUGGAGAUGAUGAGAGUCUCUUUUCUGUUACCUCAACACAAGACAAACAGGUGAAUGUUGCUCGGUUUAAGGAUGAAUGUAAAGAAUAUGAAAAGUGUGAGUACACAAUCUCUCUGCUCGGUGAUGGAGUCGAUGGAAAUCUCCUGUUCUUCUGUGGAACUUCUGAAGAAAAAACUAAGUGCUAUAACAUGAAUGUAAACUAUGCUUUAGUUGAUGGCUUCGAAUUCACUUAUGGAUUAAAUAUGAAUGAUCCUUCAUUACUCAUCGGUGAUAUGUUGUACUACAAGUCUAGUAUGGGACUGUACCGGGUAAACAGAAAAACAGGUGGCAAGAUCUGGCCUUAUUCUCCUGUAGGAGAGCAGAAGUAUGUGAAGCUGGUUACUGGUAAUGGUCAAGACAAGGACAAGCUUUAUUCAUUCUUCACAGAGAAACACAAAAGUGACAAUGGAGGCUCUGAAUUCGACCUCUGGAUCCCACGAGUCUCACAGAUCUGUAUGAAUGACAAAGGAGGAUCAAAAGACGUCCUACAGUACAGUUGGACAUCUAUGAUCUACACCCGUCUGUCUUGUGGAGCUGUGGAGUUGUCCUUCACCCAGCUUAUAGACAUGGCCACUGUUGACAAUGACACCAAGAUUUAUGCCCUCUUCAGAAACAUCUGGAACAUGAGUGCUGUGUGUGUUUAUAACAUGACUGAAAUCAGCAGAAUCUUCAGUUCCUCUGAAUUCAUAGAGAUUAAAAACAUGAAAUUUCCUGUGAACCAUCGGCCUGGACAGUGUGUUGAUGACAGCACUCGUCUAAGUCCUGAUAUAUUGAGGUUUAUGAGAGACCGUCCAGAAGUGAAAGAUUCGGUGAUGCCGGAGAACAAACCCCUGCUGUUUAAACACCAUCAUUACACACACAUCCAGGUGCAGAGACUAGAGAAGAGUACAGUACUGUUUCUGGCUUUAGAAAGUGGAGAGAUCCAUAAAGUCUUAGAAAAUCCCACAGAUGAUCCAUUAUUCAUCAUAGCAGAGUUUCGGCCGUUUCCAAACGUGACUCCCAUCAGCAGUAUGCUGUUAGACGAAUCUGAGAAGCGUCUGUACGUGAGUUUUGGUGAGGAGGUGAUUCACAUCGACCUGCAGACGUGUGACCUGUAUGGAGAUCAGUGUGAGCAAUGUCUUUUAUCCAGAGAUCCCUAUUGUGGUUGGAGCGAUUCACAUUGUACCCACGUCUCAGAAAGUUUAAUCCAGGACAUACAGUUUUGCAAUUCAACUAAAGUCACUCAUGCCCGGACUGAAAUCGCUACCACAGCACCGGUGUUGAUCAAGUUGAUCGUCACGCCCUCUUCUAGAUAUUAUCUGCACUGCCCGGUCAUAUCAAAUCACGCCUCAUACCACUGGUACCACGGUAAUACCCAGGAGGAGUGUGUACGGGCCGAUAGGGACUGUUUGUAUCUCAUUGAAAGUAUGAAUAAAACUCAUGAAGGUUUAUACAGGUGUGAAUCUUCAGAAGAAAAUUAUCAAAUAAACAUCAGCAGUUAUGAGCUGAGGAUGAGCUCUUCACCAGCACUUAUGGUCAACACAAUCGUUUUACCAUGUUUAUUACUUCUGUUGUUUACUCAUCUGUUAUUAUAGAUGAAUCCUCUGAACACAUUCACUGGAUAGAGGUUCAAUUGUUAAGUCUGUUAUUAGAGGAUUUAUUUUAGUUUUUGUCUAUAAUUUAAGAAUAAUCGGUUUAUAAGAGUAUGCAAGGGGUGCCUGAAAGUUCAAAUGAGUUUGUCAGAUGUCCAUCUGACGUCUGUCGUGCUUAUAGGAUGAUUAUUUAUAAUGUAAUGAUUCAUUUAACUGUGGAUAUGGAAAGAUGAGGAGUGUUUAGCUGUUCUGUUUUUUAUCAUCAUCAGUGUUUCUGUUGUUUUCAAAAUGUUGAGUUCAUCAUCAGCAUGUAGCAUUUAAUGUUGAUACUGCAUGGGUUGAGAUGCAGUAUGAUGGUUAUUUUUUUAUUAAACUCCAGGAGAAUGCACAUUAAUAAAAUACACCAGAUUUAGUCAGUAUUGAAAAAGUCUCUAUGAUCCUACCUUAGAUCCUCAUGUGCAGAAUGUUUUUAUCGUUGUGUUUUUUUUUAGUUUAUUUUUAAUCAUUUACAUAAUCCUUUCAUAAUCAUUAGUUAUCCAUAUAAUUGUUUAUUUCAUUAUUCAACACUAAUAAUCAUUCAUUAUAUUUCUAUAUUUUAUAUGUUUAAUCAUUUAUUCAAUAUAUUUCUAUAUUUUAUGUCUUAUUAAUUUCAUUGUUGUUCAAUAUUAACAUUAAUAACAGAGAUAAAGAGAAGGUUUAUGGAAGUUCAAGGUUUGUGGGGCGUUGCUAUUAAGCAGUUUUGGUAUAACAGUGGAUGUUGAAUUCAUGCUGGUAAGACGAAGUUUGAACAUUGAGACAUAUGCAACUGAAACCAUAAAUAAAACUCUCUUCCUAUUUUACCAUCAUAAA